UUCCCAGAGAUAAAGACAAGAAAUCGGGGAGAAUCAAUGGAGUCCAGUGAAACCAGCAUACAGAGUGCAGACCAUGACGACGUCCAUGAACCCAUGCUGCGAAAACACUCCUCCUUGGUGGCAGUAAGCUCUGAACUCGAGGACAUACUCUCUGACCCAUGUUUGUCCAACUUCCAGCGGUUUCGGUUGGCCACCUGGCUCGAACUCAACAUCCUCUUCCGUCUUGCAGCUCCGGCCAUUGUUGUUUACUUACUCAACAAUGUUGUCUCCACGUCCACUCAGAUCUUCUGUGGCCAUCUUGGGAAUCUUCAACUCGCUGCAGCCUCUCUCGGCAACACUGGCGUUCAAAUCUUUGCAUACGGUCUUAUGUUGGGUAUGGGGAGUGCAGUGGAGACGCUGUGUGGCCAAGCUUAUGGGGCGCAAAAAUAUGAAAUGCUGGGGAUAUACAUGCAAAGGUCGAUGAUUCUCCUCACAGCUACUGGGAUUCCACUUAUGCUGAUAUAUAUCUUUUCCAAACCCAUAUUGAUAUUGCUAGGUGAAUCAAGCACCAUAGCAUCUGCAGCUGCAAUCUUUGUCUACGGGCUCAUUCCCCAAAUUUUCGCCUACGCAGCCAAUUUUCCUGUACAGAAGUUCCUCCAAGCGCAGAGCAUAAUAGCACCUAGUGCAUUCAUAUCAGCAGCAGUUGCUGGGGUCCAUCUCUUACUCAGCUGGCUUGCAAUUUACAAAUUUGAUUGGGGAUUGUUGGGUGGAUCAUUAGUUUUGAGUCUGUCCUGGUGGCUCAUAGUGGGGGCACAAUUUGUGUACAUUUUGAUGAGUGAAAAGUGCAGGAAAACAUGGACUGGCUUCAAUAUACAGGCGUUUUCAGGGCUCUGGGACUUCCUAAAAUUGUCAACUGCAUCAGCUGUUAUGCUUUGCCUUGAAACUUGGUACUAUCAGAUACUAGUCCUGAUUGCAGGGCUACUCCAAAAUGCUGAGAUUGCAUUGGACUCUCUCUCCAUCUGCAUGACAGUAUCUGUCUGGGUUUUCAUGAUCUCAGUGGGUUUCAAUGCAGCUGCAAGUGUGAGAGUGAGCAAUGAGCUCGGAGCUGGGCAUCCCAAAGCAGCGGCAUUCUCUUGUCUAAUAGUAACUUCAAGCUCGUUCAUCAUCUCUGUGAUCUGUGCCAUUAUCGUGCUUUUGACACGCAAUGUCAUCAGCUAUGCCUUCACCAGUGGCACUGCUGUUGCUGAGGCAGUGGCAGAACUCUCUCCCUUGCUGGCAUUAUCAGUCAUUCUGAAUGGUGUUCAACCCGUUUUAUCAGGGGUGGCUGUUGGUUGUGGAUGGCAAGCAUUUGUUGCAUAUGUCAAUGUAGGGUGUUACUAUAUCAUUGGUAUCCCAUCAGGUUGCCUACUUGGUUUCAAGUUUGAUUUUGGGGCAAAGGGUAUAUGGGCUGGAAUGAUAGGAGGGACCAUUAUGCAAACUCUUAUUUUAUUAUGGGUCACAGUGAGGACAGAUUGGCAAAAGGAGGGAGUGAGCUUCAGUGCAGCAAUGGUGGUCAGGGAAGAGAAGCAAUGGGACAAACGGAAACCAAGACACAAAGACACAGGCUCCAGUGAAUUUGAAGCUAAAUCUAAUGGAGGUAACAACAGACUUCACACAAAGGAGGCUAAGCUAUUCAACACAAGGCUUGUUAGAAGUGCUUUUUUGCAUUGUAACUCUGCUCAAUUAAUGUGGGGGUUUAAGAGAGGGCUUGGAGGAGGAGGAGACAAACCCGGAGUUCCCUCUUUUGGUGAGGCUCAUUUCAUCAACAUUUGUAGCUUGCUUGCUGCACUUUGCUGCUACUGUGCUGUUGGUGCGGCCCUCCCUUCUUUUCAUCUUGCUGCCACUUGUGCAGCUUUGACACCACAACUUCAACAGAUUUUACCACUUAACAGAGCUAAUACUCAUUCUCUUGCCGACACUUGGAAUUUGUCUUCUUGGUCAUGGUUAACAGCUUCCUCUUCAUUUUCUUGAUUAUGGGGCCACCACUUACCUAACCCACAAGGCAGAUUUAUACAGUUUGGGAAUUUUGGCAUAGCCACUGGAAGUUGUUACUUGGACGAACAAUGACUAUAUGUCAAGCUUAUUAAAUUGGUUAACCUAAC